GAACUGGCAGUACAAUAGAGCUGUUGUGCUGUGGUGGAUGGAGAGGUUGCAACGCUGGGAAAUGCAGAGUGGCAUGGAAGGGGGUAAAUAAGGGGGGGAACACUCACAGUUUUGCGCCGAUUAACACAAGUUGGGGGAGGGAAAAAAGAACAGUGGAUAGUUUCCUUACGCCGGGGCAGCAUGGUCCCCCGAAUGCUGUUGCUGCUGCUAUCGGAUCAUUUCGGGUGUAAGGACACGUCAGGAUGAAACGCCAGCGGGCGUCGAGCAGUAGCGACAGCUCUGACAAUGAAAGUCCGUCCACCUCCUUCUGCUCCUCCAACAAGUAUGGAAGCAAACUGGGGACCCCGGUGUCAGAGCCGAAGAAACCAGCGGAGGUGUUCAGGAAGGACCUGAUCAGCGCCAUGAAGCUUCCAGACUCCCACCACAUUUCCCCAGAUGACUAUUACUUGCUAGCAGACCCCUGGAGACAGGAAUGGGAGAAGGGGGUGCAGGUGUUGGCCAGCCCCAACUCAAUCCCGCAGCCGUCCGUCAGGGUUGUCGCAGAGAGGCCCAAAGAGAUCCUCUUCUCCAGACCAAGGAAGUACAUCCAGUCCCGGAACCAGGAUCCUGCUGAGAUGGGCUACGUCAACAUUCUGGACCUGGCGGAAGCUGUGUGCCGCUGUGACCUGGACGCCAUGGACCUGAACUGGCUGCAGGAGCUCAACGCAGAUCUGGAGAUGAUGGGCGAGCUCACCGUGGACGAGCUGACCAUGGAGCGUGCCCUAGAGGCUCUGGAGAGGCAGUGUCACGACAACAUGAACCAUGCCAUCGAAACUGAGGAGGGGCUGGGCAUCGAGUACGAUGAGGAUGUCAUCUGCGACGUGUGCCGCUCGCCGGACAGCGAGGAGGGCAACGACAUGGUUUUUUGCGACAAGUGCAACAUCUGCGUGCAUCAGGCCUGCUACGGCAUCUUGAAGGUUCCGGACGGGUGCUGGCUCUGCCGGACUUGCGUCCUGGGCAUCGACCCGCAGUGCGUGCUGUGUCCCAAGAAGGGCGGCGCCAUGAAGGCCACGCGGGCCAGCACCAGGUGGGCCCACGUCAGCUGUGCCCUCUGGAUCCCCGAGGUGAGCAUCGCCUGUCCGGAGAGGAUGGAGCCCAUCACCAAAGUGUCCCACAUCCCCCCCAGCCGCUGGGCACUGGUGUGCAGCCUCUGCAAGCUGAAGACGGGGGCAUGCAUCCAGUGCUCUGUGAAGAGCUGCAUCAUUCCGUUCCACGUCACCUGCGCCUUCGAGCACAGCCUGGAGAUGAAGACCAUCUUGGACGAGGGUGAUGAGGUCAAAUUCAAGUCCUACUGCCUGAAGCACAGCAAGCCCAAGGCAGCAGGUGGGGGGGGACUCAGCCCGGUCCAGCAGAAGCCCUCCACGGGGAUGGAGAAGCUAGGCCUGCGAGCCCGCAAGCUGCGUGAGCUGGAGGAGGAGUUCUACACACUGGUGCGUCCUGGGGACCUGGCCCGGGACAUGGCGCUGUCCCCUUUCGUCCUGGACUUCAUCUUCCAGUACUGGAAGCUUAAACGCAAGAGCGGCUUCAACAAGCCCCUCCUCCCUCCCAAGGAGGAGGAGAACGCUCUCCUGGAGCCCAAGGACGAAGGCAUCCACACCCGCAUGCGCAUGUUCAUGCACCUGCGACAGGAUCUGGAGAGGGUGAGGAACCUGUGCUACAUGGUGAGCCGCCGGGAGAAGCUGAAGCUGUCCCACAGCAAAGCCCAGGAGCAGAUCUUCAACCUGCAGGUGGAGCUGAUUAACCAGGAGCUGUCAGCAGGUCUUCCCCUGUCCUGCCCUCCUGAGAGUGGGCUGAUUCAGCCCCCCCCAAGGAUAACACUGAAGCUGAAGAUGCCCAAGGUCACCCUUGGAAACAGAAAGACGGCCCCCAAGUCUGGCAACGGGCCUCUGUGUCCAGACCACAGCGCAAACCUUUGCGAGAAGGGCAGUGGUGGGCGGGGUCAUGGCAAGGGGUGGAGCCGGAGGGCGGGCCAGGUGAAUGGGGUCACUCCGAGCUCGAGGGAAGGCAGCACGCCAGUUAAACCUAUCAGGCCGUCAGGGAAACCCCUAGCGUUGCAAGCAGCUCUGCACGGCCGCCCUUCCAAUGGCAGUGGGAGACCAGAACAAGAGACUGUCCGAAGCCCCAAGCCCAAUGGAAGCCUGGAGCGGCCCGUGGCCCAGCUGGAUAGCCCCUGCCAAACAUCCUGUGAACGGAUCACCCAAACAGGCCCCUACAGAAAGACUGCCAUGGACCACUUCAAGCGGUCCUUCAACGAGGCCUCGGUCAGCCUGACCCGAAACACAGAGGGUCUCCGCGUUCACGACAAGCCCCCACGGAAGGGGUCCGGCAAGGAGCGGCCAUGGACCAAGUUGGCGGCGCCGCAGCAGACUGAAGACGGGUACUGCCCCGAUUUGGAACUCAGCGACUCGGAGCCUGAGACCCAGGCCCAUCACUGGCGGGGGCUACGGGCGCACCGGGCCAGCACGGGGCCGAAGGGCCCAGCCCCGGAACACGGAAGGGGUAUGGGCCGGGGCAAGCCGAUGUUGGGGCCUAGGACUUCCGUGCAAAGGUGACGACCCCCACCCAAGCUCUUUCUGCCACUGUUCCCCAAAUCCACUGCCUCCAUGUCCUCUGGAGAGGUGCUCACUGCCCCACUCACUGGUUGGUGCCUGGGGGUCACAGGUGCCCGGCGGUUUAGUCCGACAAAGGUCACACACUUCUGCUCGUCCUCGGACCUCCUCCUUAUUACUCUCUCUGGUUGGGAGGGGUCAGUGGGCAGGUGCUUUAAUGCCUCAUUGUGACUCCUCACCCAUCGUCCGGUUGUGCCAUCGACAAACCAAACUCCGGUGCGGUCCGGUUUGUGUCUUUUGUCCUGGUGUAGGAGUGUUCUUCCGAGUCCUUAUUACCAUAUCUUAUAUUUCAGAUGCCUUUCUAUAUGCUAAGGCUGUAAAUAUUGAUUUGAAAGGAAGAGAUUUUUUAAAAAGCCCGUUUAAGUGAGUAUAAUGGCAAAGAGGAGGUGUACGGGGUCCGCACCUUUCAAUGAAAUUCACAUUUUAUUAUCUUUUUAAUUGCAAAAUGAAAAAGGCACUAAUGGUCCAUUGUUUCAUGUCAUGUCAUGUCAUGUCAUGUGACCUGGUCGCGUCUAAGUAAACGCAGGCUUUUUCCCGGUCUACCUCUGCUUUGGUCUCCUCAUGACCUUCUCAAUCACUCCUCGGGUGGAAAUUCAAAUCGCCAUUCACACGGAACGUGUAGAAUUUAUUUUCUGUUUUGCCGGAGUCUCCAGUUCGGAAAGAAGGAGCAUUUUAAGUGAAGUACCUCUUUGUGAGAAUCUUUUUUUUUUUUUUUCUCUCUUCUAAUUCCAUAACCCACAGCAUCCCAAAGAGCUGUCUAACAGGGACUCCCGGAUUCUGUGUGUUCCUUUGUGAGGAUGUCUCUCUCAGUUCAAUCCAAAAGAUGUCACUGUAAACCACCCCUCCCCCUUUUCAAAGAUGUGAUUUCUUUUUUUGUCUUGGCACAAGUAAUGGAAACGGCACAAAGGGAAAAUCGCAGUCGUCUAGGAAUCGCUGGCUUUACCUCUUCCAGGCCGGGUCACUCGGAUGACGGUUUUGUGGGAGUGUUUAGUCCACUGUUGGACACAGACCCUGCUGGACCCCCCCCCCCCAACUCUGGAAAAGCGAGGUAGCCGAUGAGAGGAGCUGACGGUUCGUCUAAAACGCUGGGCUAAUAUCCAGUCAAUGUUUACCGUAAUAGUUAAAAACAACGCUUGCAGGAGAAGUUUUCAUGGUUAUUACUUUCUCUGCAUAUUUUGCCCCCCCUCCCUUGCUCCACACUUCGUUUAGUGGAUUUUGUUCAGCUUUCAGGUCAGAGGGAACGUUUUGCGAUAUGUUUCAGUUUUUGCUAGUAAAGCUUUAGAGGAAUAGCACAGCCGCGAUGCCCCUCCCAGACUCCCCGUCUUACUGGAACUAUGGAUUGACAAGACAGUGGUCUCAUGCUCAGAUAUGCCGAGGUCUGUUGGCCGGGGGGGGCGGUGAGGCAUAAUCCUUAAAGCUGCUUCCCUGAGCUAUACUGGGAAGAGCUGUGCUUGUGGGGGAGGAGGGGGGUCCAGAUGAAGCCAUUGAGUUCUGGCACGAUUAAUAGUGCUCGAUUCAGCACAAGUGCCGCUCUGGGUAGCGGAAAUGAGGCCCAGCAUUUCGGCAGUGCCUGAAGAGCAGCUGUGUCAGUACUGCAGUCCCCAUACAUACACACACACAUACACAAAGUGCACUUCAAACCGUGUUACACAGUGCAUCAGCGAUCUUUGACCUCGGUCGUGUAAAUUGAGGCCAAGUAACCGCGCACUAGUGAGAAGCGUGAAUGUCAGCAGGCAUUUGUGACGUCACUUUUCCAAAUCCCACACCAGCUUGUUCUGUUGGCCGUUUCAGACCCUUUAUUGGGUUUGUCCCUGCAGGGCAGUUGUGUGAAUCAGAGCAGACUGUGAAAUGGAUUCUGGCGUCUGACAGGUGUCCGUGGGGCGAACGGUCACCACAAGGGGGCGCCGUCAGCGUUGUUCAUCACAGCCCACCUGCUACUUUCCCAAACAGAAGGUGUGUGUUGCAGUACGGGUUCACAGCCCCGUGCCCCAUCUGUCCAGUUAAUUGGUGGUUUGGCCUGCAUGGUCACACAAGCCACGCCGCCUCAAAGCUGUCCGCUUUACACUGGGUUACAACAGCAUAUGUGAAUUUCCAGAGUCCUUUUUAAAGAAACAUUUUUCAUUAAAUUUUGAAAAAAAAAAUCA